AUGGACGAUCUUACAAAACACUGGAGCUCUCUCUCCCUUUCAGAUAGAGAGGGUUCAGGUCUCAGAUUGAAAAAAGAACAAGCUGUAAAUGAAUUCAUCAUUGCAGCCAGAUUCUUUACAAAGCGCUCUCUGAAUAUUGAUGCCAUAGCGAGAACCUUUUCGCCCUUAUGGAGAUCAAAAGCGGGUUUUAACAUUAAGAAUAAUGGGGAUCAUAUCAUCCUCUUCUCGUUUGAUAAUGAAUUAGAAGUGGACAGAAUACUAUCGUCGGAACCGUGGUGCUUUGACAAACACCUAAUGGUCCUCUCAAAAAUCAAAAAGGGUUCACCUCUAAAAGAGUGUAACUUCAACAGAGCCUCCUUUUGGGUUCAAGUCUACGAUAUACCAUUGAGAUACAGGAACAAAGAGGUCGCUAAGCAGAUUUGUGAAACCAUUGGAGUAAUCCAACACCCAAAAGACCCCCCCGACUGUGACGGCGGCAGCUUCAUCAGAGUUAGAGUGUCCAUCGACAUUUCACUACCUCUAUGCCGUGGCCGACUUAUCACCCUAGAUGACGACAAAGAACACUGGGUUUCGUUCAAAUACAAACGUCUCCCCAAUCUCUGUUACUGGUGUGGAUGGCUUACACACACCGAUAAGGAUUGCGAGAAGUGGAUUGAUAGCGAAGGCUCCCUUCAACCUGAUGACCAGCAGUUUGGGGCUUGGAUGAGAGCCCCUUCGUUUGUUGCAUCUCGUAAAAAUGUAGUGGCAGUCCCCAGUUUUUUUGCUAAGAAGAAAACGGAAACUCCAGUCCAAAACGCAACCGCUCGGCCACCACACCCACACGGACGGAGCCAUCCGAUGGUCUCAGAACCAGCAAACCACCAUUCGAUGACAAUUAAUGAGCCCUGUGCGAACCUGGCUUCUCACGCGAUUCCCGGGGGAACAACUACUGCCUCGGCCAUCUCGAACUUGACAGAUUCUGACCCCUCUCGGAAACCUACUCUACAAGCUGACUUUGAGCACUUAAUCCGAGAGAUUGACAAAGAUAUCCACCUUUUUUACAGUGGGAACUUGCAAGCAAGGCUUUCAAAAGAAAAUAAGCGGGAACAAAUAAUUGAAGCUAAUUCGCAGCCUUCUGCCCACUCCAGCCCAAAUACGGAUCAGAACCAAGUCCAGCCCAUCCAGCCCAUCCCCUUAAAUGACAUUACAAACCAAGACCCAUCUAUUUCCUCCACUCAGGCCCAAGCUGGUAAGAAAUGGGCUCGGAUCCAAAGGCCUCCCAUUAUCUCUGAAUCACAAGAGCUUAACCUCAUUCUAGGCAAAAGAAGUUCUCAUCCUCUCCCAGAUUACACAUUCUCCCCAAAAUGCAAAGCCAUUGAAGCACCCCUCUCUGAUGAAAACCUUCUUCCAACGGUGGCGGCUGACCUCCAGCCCCGCCGGCAAACAUGA